AUGCUUCACGGGAAGAAGGGCUUCGACAGACUUUUGUACGCAUGUAAAAAUGCUCUCAACGCGCCUGUGACGUGGUUGUUCUGCAACGCGACGGCUACCACCCCCUCGCCAGACCCCCUGGAGCAGCACUUUCCAACAAGAUACACCUGCGAGCCGUCUGUCGUCACCGACUGUCAGGUUCAGAUGGCGCCCCUCGCAGUCCCCAGCGAGACCAUCGAGAGCGGCGACAGGCCCAGCCUCGAAGACUAUGCAACAGAGACGUAUGAAUGGCUAUCCCUAAUUCGCCUCCAAAGCCCUCGCGUCGCAGCAGGCGAUAACAUCGACCCGUACUUGUCUCGCUAUCAAACUCCAAUGCCUCUCGACUCUGCAUCCCCUCCGCAUGACAAGAUCUGCAAGAUCACCUGGCAAGGUUUCUUCACCCCCGCCUGGGUCCGCAGCGUGCUCAUCAAUGCCCUCGUCGCGCUCCCCUCGCGAGCGUGGUUCUCGCUGAGCGCAACCUCCUUCUCCAAGGGUCUGGUCGUGGACAGCACCGAGGUGGCGUUCCUCCGACCCCCUGAGUCGCCAGGCCAUUACCUCUUCUGGGAAAUCAAGGGCGACGAGUAA